GUGAACUCACACGUUGUAGCAUUAAUCGUCCAAUAAAAUGAUUCCUCCCUUGUGAUCAACAUACAGCAUUACGAUCUGCACUGAUUCACAUCAUGGCGUUGCUUUUUCUUUCCUCCCUCACAGACUCCUACAGAAAGAAGGCAGAAGCUAGAACAACUGGUGGAGGACCUGCACCUCCACCUCUGACGGAUGCAAAGGAGAUGGCCCUCAGCAUGAACAUUGGAAAGCAGAGGCUGAAGGAAUUCCUGGUGGGAGUUCAUCAGAACCAGUCACUCCCCAGGAUACAAGUGCAUGUGUAAAAUAUUCUGAUGGUAAUAUGUGAAUCUUCCUGUCACAACAGAAGCCCAGGAUGUUAAUGUGGAAGAACAGCAGGAGGAGGGUCCGUCACAUUCUGCUGCACAGAUGCACACAGUUCAGUAAAUGCCAGAGUUCAAUUCUGUAAGAGUAAUCAGGAACUAUGUCAUGUAACUCUAAAUCUUCUGUAUUUUAAGUUACCGGUUAAGGAGUUGUAUAAACUAUAUGUUAUCAAGAAAAUAAAAAAAAAUAACAAGGAAAUGUUAAACUUGGACCGCCAGAUUGAAAAGACAGAUGUAGAAUUUGAAAUUCUCAAACAAAAGCUGGAGGUGAGUGUAUAGUUAAAGGUGAAUUGUAUGAAAUAUUGAAGGUAUCAUAAAAUCUACCUUUGUGUUUGUAGGAAAUCAUCAAUUAUGAUUUGCAUUUAUUCAGUUUCUUUUAUUCGUGAUGGUGGUGAGGGUUGAUUAAGACAUUACGGCAAAUCACAUCUGACUGUCCAUCCACCCUGCAGAUUACCGUGAUGGGAGGGGUCUCCUCAGGGUCUUGUAUUUGUAGGGCAGGGUGUUGCUCUUCUCUAAUAAUUGCAAUAAUGUGGAGAACAACACAUGUCCCAAUAAUGUCACAGGCCUCUCAGGUGUUUCCCUGAGGUGAUGUGGACACUGAAGACAUGCUAUCAACAGGCCUAUGGUCAUUUCCACCCGGGCUCUUGUUCUGCAGGGCCGCAUUAAAGCGCUGCUGGGGGCCUGCUUUAGGUUCUGGGUGAGGGGUCAGUAGUGUGGGCUGGCAUUAACCCCUAUCUCCAGCAGAAAGCCGUCAAUCUCUCCUAUAAGUUCACAUUACUUUAGUGCUGCAUAGAAGUGGUCCUGUGAGUGUGUAGUGCAUGCAUUGAAAUAAGUGUAUAGGACAUACAUGUACUUACAGUACCACAGUGCAGCCUGUUACUUAGGGUUGACUCACCAUAAUUCAUGAGUCAUGACCGAGCUGGGCCACUUGGCCUCCACGUUUGUGAUAAUAUGUGCAGCAUCACAUAUGAUCUUGGUGAUGUAAACAAUGAUACGUCAGUUACAGUGACCAUUAGAAAGAGUAAUCCGUGCACCUGCAUGUUUAUUAGUUUAUUUCAGAUCACAGCAAGAUGUUAUUAACUGAUCAUCAGUUUUCAGAUUAGCCUUACUGAAACAAAUACCACAGACCUGCAAUGCUGUAAAACUCCUCUUUAAUGGCUCUGAGGAGUUUGUGUCAAGGAAAGUGCUUGAGGUCGAACUUUUCUACAUACAGUGGCUUCACUAACGUUCUCAGCAUCUCUAAUGUUAUAAAGAAAACUACCGUUUGCAAAAAAAAAAAAUGUAACGCAACACAAAGAAUCUGUUCUGAUGUAAAAGCACUGCCACGAUGGGUGACGUGUCUAAUGAAUGGGUGGAUAAGAUUAUUAAUACAUGUAUGGAGUCUCGAGAAAAACGGUACCGCUAAUAAAUAAGCACGGCGAUAUGACAGAAAAUUAACUCGUGGCGUCAAAAUCCUCUCGCGGCGUAAAUUAAUGCCGUGUGAAUUAAUACAGCGUCCUCAUCUACAGGAUCCUCUAGAAACAUUUUGGUCUCUGCGCGAAGGAAACAGGUGAAAUCUAUGAAUGUACUGAAAGAUUAAACGAGGUAUUUAAACAGUGUUCACUUUAAAAAGGGGCGGAGACCGAAAGAAACUCUGGGUUUCCCGAAUAAAACCUGCUUGCGACCAGGUUAGGUUCACAGAGUAAGUUGCCAUAGUAACUGACUCUGACUUUCGGUUACCUCGCUUCUUGAAACGGGCUUAAACGUACCCCGCUUUACAGGUUUAAGUAACCUUGCUUUCUGAAACCGAAAACUCUGAGUUUUCCUUAUUUCGGCGUUAACAAAUUCAGAGUUUCCACAAAACCUCCUUCUUGAAACGGGCCCCUGGGCUGGCUCUGCCAGCCAUCCUGUUAUUUUUUCACCCUGGACCACACCUUCCCCAUCACCAGGCCACGCCUCAGCUUUGGACCAUGCCCACUCCCUCUCCUUCCCUCUGUAGACACCUAGCAAUCAGCUUAACUUGCCACACCUGCACUUCCUCUCUGCCUCCCUUCAAAGACUCCUGCAGCACAGCACUCUGUGCCGGGUCAUCGUCAUACUACCACCCUGCCGUUGUAUCACCUUUGUGCCCUGCUGUUCAUGUCAGGUUAGUUGCCAUGUGUUAGUUCUGUUCCUGCCAAGCCUUAGUUCUUUGUUCAUGCCAUGUUUUAGUUUAGUUUAGUAUUAGUUUUUAGUAUUAGUUUUGUGUCCUGCCAUGUAUAUUUCUCGCGCCCAUAUCAUGUAGUAUCUUUGUGUUAUCGCAUAGUGUCUGCUUCUCGACCACCUAAACUAUACAAGUCACACACAAAUCAAAGAGGAGUAACUUACCAGAAUUUAAUAAACAUCAAAACAAUUCCUCUUACAGAACAAAGUAACAGUAAGUUAAUAAAGUGUGGUUUAUUAAAUAUCAGAUCUCUCUCAUCUGAAUCCUUGUUAAUAAAUGACUUGAUAAGUGACCAUCACAUAGAUCUGUUCUGUCUCACUGAAACCUGGCUGCAGCAGGAUGAAUAUGUUACUUUAAAUGAGUCGACUCCAAUGAGUCACAUCAACUAUCAUGUUCCAAGAAGUACAGGUAGAGGUGGAGGAGUAGCAGCAGUUUAUAAAUCAGAUUUAUUAAUUACUCCUAAACCUAAACAUAGUUAUAACUCAUUUGAGAGCCUCACUCUGAGCCUUUCUCACCCAGACUCUAAAACUCAGAAACCAGUUGUGUUUUGUAUUGUUUACCGUCCUCCUGCUCCAUAUUCGGUGUUCUUAACUGAAUUCUUUGAAUUCUUAUCUGACCUAGUUCUUAGCACAGAUAAAGUCAUUGUAGUGGGAGACUUUAACAUUCAUGUAGAUGUUGACAGCAACUGUCUCAGCACUGCUUUUAACACCUUAAUAGACACUAUUGGUUUUACGCAGCAGGUAAAUGAACCCACUCAUCGUUUUAACCAUACCCUCUAUCUUGUCAUGACAUAUGGGGUUGAAAUUGAUAAUUUAACAGUUCUUCCCCAAAACCCUCCGUUAUCUGACCAUUUCCUAGUAACUUUUGAAUUUAGCACAAUUGACCCUACAAUAGCUGGAAAGAAAUGUUACUAUAGCAGAUGUUUAUCUGACAACGCUGUUGCCAGAUUCAAGCAGAUGAUUCCAUCAUCUUUUGCCUCAAUGUCUUGUAGAUACACAGAGAACAGUCACCUUAAUCCUUAUGAACGGGUUGACUGUUUUGUAGCUGACGCUGCAGCUUCUCUACGUACAAUGUUAGACACAGUGGCUCCUCUGAAGAAGAAGACAGUGAAUCAGAGGAGGUUAGCUCCGUGGUAUAACUCAGAGAUCCGCAGCCUAAAGCACAGAACCAGACAACUAGAAAGACAGUGGCGUUCCAACAAAAUAAAUGUAAACUGCAUUGCAUGGAAGGACAGUCUAAUAAAAUAUAAAAAAGCACUUUGUGCUGCUAGAAAAACAUAUUAUUCCUCCCUAAUUGAGGAAAACAAAAACAACCCCAGGUUUCUUUUCAGCACUGUAGCCAGGCUGACAAAGAGUCAUAGCUGUGUUGAGUCUACUAUCCCCUUAAAUCUCAGCAGCAAUGACUUUAUGAACUACUUUACUAAUAAAAUUAUCACCAUCAGAAAAAACAUUCAGCAGCGACUUCUUCCAAACGACAGAAAGCACUGUCUAGAUCCAUCAACUUUAAAUUACCAAAUCCUCUGUCUUACCUAGACAGCUUCUUCCCCAUAACUCAUAUGGAGUUAAUCUCAAUAAUCAACUCUUCCAAGUCGUCCACUUGUCUUUGAGAUCCAAUCCUAGCUCGUCCAUAUUAAAUCAAAUCAACCAAUCCUUACAUUUAGGCUAUGUACCACAUGCUUUUAAGGUGGCUGUGGUCAAACCUCUAUUGACAAAACCAACCCUGGACCCUGGAGAACUAGCCAACUAUAGGCUCAUUUCAAAUUGACCCUUUAUUUCCAAGAUUCUGGAAAAAAUCGUGGCUAAACAAUUAUCUGACCACCUGAGUGGGAAUAACCUGUAUGAAGAUUUUUAGUCAGGAUUUAGAAAACAUCAUAGCACAGAAACAGCUAUGGUUAGAGUCACUAAUGAUCUUCUAUUAGCUUCGGACAAUGGUCUAGUUUCUGUAUAACAUUCUAUUACAGACACUAGAACAUAGAAUCAGGAUUAAAGGAACAGCAUUGGAAUGGUUUAAAUCCUAUUUGUUGAACAGAUUCCAGUUUGUUCAUGUUAAUGAGAAAAUCUCCACAUGCACAAGGAUUAGCUAUGGAGUACCACAGGGUUCUGUGCUGGGUCCAAUUCUGUUUAGCCUAUACUGUACAUGUCUCCUCUAGGUGAGAUUAUUAGGAAGCAUAUUAUUAAUUUCCAUUGUUAUGCAGAUGAUACUCAGCUAUAUAUGUCCUUGGAACCAAAUGAAACAGAUCAACUAGUCAAAAUUCAGAGUUGUUUAAAAGACAUCAAAUCCUGGAUGUCCCAAAACUUCCUUCAACUAAAUUCAGACAAAACUGAAGUUCUUAUUGUUGGGCCUAAAAAUCUGAGAGGGAUACUAUUGAGUCAGAUAGCCACCCUGGAUGGCAUAACAUUAGCUUCAGAUUCUACUGUGAGGAAACUUGGUGUCAUCUUUGACCAGGAUCUCUCUUUUACAUCAUACAUUAAAGCUAUAGCUCCCUUUGUUACGUGAAAAGGCCACCACAGGGGGCAGCUGGGAGCUGUGGUGGGGGGAGCUGACCAACUUCAACAAAACCUGUGUGAAUCCCCGUUUCACUUUGCCAUCUUAGAGAGACAUCAACACACCUGAGGUGUUUUCAUUUGGGAAAUUUGUUAAUAAAAAAAACAUUUUUACACAAAUGCAAAUAAUAAAAGGCAUGUGACCCAACCAAAAACACAGACUAAAUAAACAUGACAACAGAAAACCCUGGAAGCAGCGGAUGAAUAAAUAAAAAGUAAUAAUACAAAGUGAGUAAGUAUAUUUCACUUACUUACUGCUCUUUUUGAAAGCAUUUUGGACAGAUACAUUUCUGUAAGAAUGUAUGUUCUGUGUACUGCACAAAUGAAGUUUUACGGAAGAACUCUGUUUCAUAUAAAGUGUGUAUAAUCAGUGUAUUGCUGGUGAUAUAAAAGGGUGAUUCAAAUGGAGCUUGUGUGUUAGGUUUUGUUGCAACAAUCAGAUUUUUAGAAAGGAGUGUUAAGUGGGUCUGAUUAGCUUGUGUGUAGAGUUUUGACAUGAUGGGCCAAAUUUUGCAAAAUGUGUGUAAGAAAUAGACAAAAACUGUAUGCUGUGGUUACAGUGUUUAACACUGUGCUACAAGAAGAUAAGGUAUUGAGACUUUAGUCUAAGCAUUCACUUUUAGUGUGUAUGCAACAGGCAAAAAGUGUAAUGUUCCUAUUGAAUAGUGAGUAGCAUGGUGCUGGGAGGGCAGCAGGGGAUAGGGAGGGUCUUGGAGGGGUUAAGUCACCUAAACAUGUCUCAUAAUGCUGGAAAGCAAUAUACUCAGAGCAGCCACAAACUACUUGCUCACUGUGAAAAUCCAGAUUACGGCUUUUAGAUCAAGGCUUUUACAUGAAUUUCAAUUACAGUAGCCCAACAUCAGUUUAGUUAUUAUCUAGAAGAAUGCAGCAGGCAAGAAACAGGAUGCAGCAUGAAGAGUCCAUGUGAAUAUUAGCUGUAUAAUAUUAUAAUUUGAUUAGGUUUACAGUUUUUAUCGGUCGCUUUGACUUGUUUUGGUAGUUGGUAACUAGUUUCCAUUUAUUUUCAUCAUCACCAUUACAGCAGUGCAUCAGACGCAGCAAAUGUAUAAACCUGUAUCAUUGGAUUGAUACAUUUUCCCCUCCUUUUUUAAAACAUUUCAACCCGGACAUCAUUCAAACAGUCCAAAUACCAUUGUUUUAGCUUUGGUGACCAAAGAGAGACCAUCUGUUUCGAACCAUUAGAAACCAGUAAGACCAGUAUGAACUCACCAUAGCACCUGACACUCCUCCACAAAAGAUUCUCAGUCUUUAGACCUUAAAAAUGGCACCAGGUCUGUGUUGUUCUUUACCAGCGAGGUCUAAAGCAGAGACUGAGUAUCAACAGUGGCUGUGUCUCAUCCUCCAAUAGGUUGGACUGUAGUUUAGUGUACAUUUUUUUUGUAAUAUUUACAAUAUUUCAGUUUUCUGCCACAGUUUGAAAAAUUAAUGUCAUUGAUUUAAUAAAAGCUGCAUUAAAGCAUGUCAUCAAAUCAUUUGCAUAAAAGGUAAAUUGGACAUAAACUAAAGACAACAAAUAGCAACAGGCUCCAAUGACGAUCAAUGAGGCACUGAUUCACACUGAGAUCAGUGGUUUGUAUUUUGCUGUCCACUGUGUUAUGACUGAUUGGACGUGUUCAUGUACUUGGUUGCAAGUUGUAUUGUUUGAAGGCAAAAUGAGUUUUUGCUGCGUAUUUCCAGUGUUUUGAUGGUUACAGCCUUUAAAAAACAAAGCGUGUCAUUAUGAAAUUGGAGCAGCUGUGUAACUGUAAGAUUUAUCACAAAGAAGAGAGGCUUCUAGAGCCUGAACCAGAAGCUGCUUGGAGGCUAAAGGGCCUGCCUCCCAGUUCACAUGUAGACAGCGCCACAAGAAAAGUUUUUUUAAGACAUAAGGUGUAAAGAAGGAUUUUGAAUUCUUCCAUGUGAAGCUACUGUAGGAUGAUUAGGAUGUUCAGUAGUAGGAUAACUCUAAAAUUAGCUGUGAUGCCACACAGCUCACUUAGCUCAUUUGUUUGUACAGUAUUUGGGUUAUUUUCUGAGAACAGACUUGGUUUUUCAGUAUUUAAAAUACAUUUUUAGUUCUUUGCACAGUUAACAGGGUAUCCAUUCUCUUUGUAGUGUGCACAUUUAGUUCUUUGCCUAUGUUUAAUUAUUUUCGGUUCCAUUAACCGUGUUGGAGUGUUGCUGCUGGUGGUGGAUGGGCUCCUGGCCUGGUAGAAAGGGUUGCCUGGAGAAAAUCCACCAUUUAAUGCAGAAAGUGGUUCAUUGGAGAGAGCCACUAUCCACUUCUAUUAAGCAGAGACUGCAGGUUUUGGUUUACUUUGCUUUGUAGUGAUUUGCUUUUUAUUGUAGUGAAUUAUCAUUUGAAGAUAGUUGUUUGGAAUCAUUGUUUAUAAUAAGUGUUUAUGAUUUAAGUAUUUGUCUUUAGUUACUGCUGUACCGUAUGUCAUACUGGUCUGAUCAACCAUUAUAUGUUCAGCAGGUCAGUUUUCUUUUUUUUUUCUUUUUUUUUUUUUCUUUUUGCACAAAAUAAAUGUUGUUUUGAAAAAAUCAACUUGUGGUUCUCUUGCCCUCUCAUUGGCCCUAGCUUAGGAAUGAGAAUGUUUUAUCUGUGUUAUGAGAAACUGACUACAGUGCUUUGGAAAACUAUUCAUACCCCUCUUUGCAACCACAAACAUGAAAGUACAGUAUAUUAGACCAACUCAGGUUUGCUGAUGACUUUCUUACUGCCAGUUUUUCUUACAGGUCAGACCUGUGGUAGUUGUGGGCAGAUUGUUCUACCUGAGCUGUGUAUCUUUGCAGCUCCUCCAGUGUUACCAUGAGCCUUGUGGCUGCUUCUCUGAUUAAUAUUUUUAUACCUGCCAGUCUGUUUAUCUAGAAGACCAUGUUGUGGUCAGCUUGCAGAUGUACCAAACUCUUCUAUUUUCAGAUGAAGGAGUAUACUCAUGAGAUGUUUGCAGCUUUUUGCUGACCAGUCUGGUGUGUUCCUUGGAUGUAAUGAUGCUAGGAUGCUGUUGGUUUACUAAGUUCUCUGUCAAACCACUGUGAGUGCUUCAC